AUGGCUAAUAACCUAGAGGAGGUUCAUGAUGCUGAGACACUCAGUAAUUCCCAGGGUCCUCCAAUAGCUGAUAACUUGGGAGAGGUUUGUGAUGCUGAGACACCCAGUAAUUCCAAGGGUCCUUCAAUAGUUGAUAACCUAGGAGAGAUUUGUGAUGCUGAAACACCCAGUAAUUCCCAGGGUCCUCCAAUAGCUGAUAACUUGGGAGAGGUUUGUGAUGCUGAAACACCCAGUAAUUCCCAGGGUCCUCCAAUAGCUGAUAACUUGGGAGAGGUUUGUGAUGCUGAGACACCCAGUAAUUCUCAGGGUCCUCAAGAUGAGCAUCCCUCUACCAUUUCUGCUUCAUCAACAUCAUUGAGAAGCUCCAACAGCGAAGAAGACAAAGGUAAACCAAGCACUUGUGAGAUUCUGUCAUGUAUUGUGAAUAUUUGCAGAGGUCUUCUAAUCAAGAAAGCAGAUUUCCUGGUGGAUUUCCUGCUGAUUAAAUAUAGAAACAAAGAACUGAUUACAAAGGAAGAGAUGCUGAAUGUUGUUAUGGAAGAGUACACAGACUUCUUUCCUGAGAUCUUCAUGAGAGCUACUGAACGCCUAGAAAUUAUCUUUGGUCUGGAUCUGAAGGAAGUGGAUCCCGGCAGCAACACUUAUGCCCUUCACAUCAAAUUAGGCCUCACCUACGACGGGCUGCUGAGUGAAGUAGAGGGUAUGCCGAAGACUGGCCUCCUCAUGCUUAUCUUGAGUCUAAUCUUCAUGAAGGGCAACAGGGCCACUGAAGAGGAAGUCUGGGAAGUUCUCAAUAUGACAAGGAUAUAUUCUGGGCAGAAGCACUUCAUCUUUGGGGAUCCCAAGAAGCUCAUCACCAAAGACUUGGUGCAAGAAAAAUACCUUGAGUACCAGCAGGUGCCCAACAGUGAUCCCCCACAGUAUGAAUUCUUGUGGGGUCCACGAGCCCACGCUGAAACAACCAAGAUGAAAGUCCUGGAGUUUGUGGCCAAGGCCCAGAAAACUGACCCAAGGUCUUUCCCAUCCCAGUAUGAAGAGGCUUUGAAAGAUGAAGAAGAAAGAGCUCAAGCCAGAGCUGCAGCCAUCCCUGGAGAUACCCCCAUGGGCAGGGCGAGUUCCAUAAAGCUGUCCAGAAGUUCCUCUUACCCCUAG